UAAAACAAGGCUCCACACUUCACAAAACCGUCUUACUUGAAAACAAUGAAGCACUCUCCUCUCAACCUCUUCAUCCUCCUCAUUCCACUCCUCCACAGCCUCAGCCAUGCCACGGCCACCGUCGAUCAAGCCGGUCUCCUCACCGCUUUACGGCGAGCCAAAAUGCAAUCUCAAGGCGAACAUACGUUCAACGAGAAGUGGUUCGACAACAUGAGCUUUGAAGUUGAUGAAGAAACUACGGAUAGAAAAAUGCAAGAUGAUCUUAUGAAAGAUGGCCUUCCUGGGCAGCCUUUUCCCGUGAAGUUCAAGCAGUUUGCGGGGUACGUGAGUGUGGAUAAAUCAACGGGACGGAGUCUUUUUUACUAUUUUACGGAGGCUGUGGAGAAUCCGGCUUCCAAGCCGCUUAUUCUGUGGCUCAAUGGAGGGCCUGGUUGUUCAUCACUAGGCGUGGGUGCCAUGGUAGAAAUAGGACCUUUUGGUGUUAAAUCUGAUGGGAAAUCGCUUUACGCCAGAGAGUUCGCGUGGAACAAAGUUGCGAAUGUGCUGUACGUGGAGUCACCGGCCGGGGUCGGGUUCUCGUACUCCAAUGCAACCUCUGACUACGAGUUGUCGGGAGAUACAAGAACCGCUCAAGAUGCCUACACUUUUCUUUUGAAUUGGUUUGCAAGAUUCCCUCAGUACAGAACUAAAGAUUUCUACAUUAUUGGAGAAAGCUAUGCAGGUUUUUAUAUUCCCGAGUUAGCAGACGUCAUUCUCAAGAGAAAUACGGAUAAAAAACCGUUUACAAAGAUCCAGCUUAAGGGCAUUAUGGUAGGGAAUGGAAUAAUGAAUGAUGCAACAGACAACAACGGAACAUUUGAUUAUAUGUGGAGCCAUGCGAUGAUUUCAGAUGAAACGUAUCAAGGACUUCUGAAAUUUUGCACCAGCCCGAAUUUUAACAGAACAAAAUGUGAUUUAGUACAGUUUGCAGUCGAUGAAGAAGUUGGAACGAUAGAUUUCUACAAUAUAUAUGGUCCAGUUUGUUCCCAUUCAAAUGCUUCAAAGAAAGCAAAAUGUGCUCAAGAUUAUGAUCCUUGUGAACUAUCGUAUGUCCGAAAUUAUCUUAAUCUUCCUCGAGUACAAGAAAUUCUACACGCGAAUGGGACCAAUAUCCCUUAUGCUUGGGAUGCCUGCAGCGAAAUGGUUCAUAGUUACUGGAAGGACAGCCCAACCAGCAUGUUUCCAAUAUAUAAAAGCCUCAUUUCUUCUGGUCUCCGAAUACUAAUAUACAGCGGAGACAUGGAUGCAGUAGUUCCUGUCACAAGCACGCGCUAUUCUCUCAAUGCAUUGAAGCUCGACGUCAAAAAGCCUUGGCACUUUUGGGUAGAUGAUCUUGGAGAAGUGGGUGGAUACCAAAUUGUUUAUGAAGGCUUAACAUUUUCCACAGUUAGAGGAGCUGGCCAUGAAGUUCCCAGAGUUCAGCCACAGAGAUCUUUGUCUCUGUUAAAGAAGUUCAUAGCAGGCCAGUUCUGAAAAAAAUCUUAAUCAAUGUGUUAAGUUUUUGUAGCUGGUGUGUGCAAUAUUAAUACAAAUCCAUAGUAACUUGUGUUAUGUGCUUAA